AUGGAUACUUUAAACGAAUCUACAGAAUAAACUAUUGACUUCAGACCAUCGAAAUACAUCAACGAAAGAAAAGGAAGUUAUAUCUAUGGCACUAAAAUCACUCUACCUGAAAGCCAUAAACUAGAGUUUAAAGAUUACGGUUUGCCAUUCACCCCAAAUUUGAAUUUCACUCUUCUGAAAACUAUGUGCGGCUUCUUAAAUAGGAGUGGAGGGACAAUCUUAAUUGGUGUAAAUGACGAUAAAAUCAUCAAAGGUAUUAAAAUAAAUAAUAUGGAUCAAUUAAAGUUGCAUUUUGAUGAAUUGAAGAAAAGAUUCUUCCCAGAGCCCUUAGGUUUCAUAAAGACUGUAGAAAUUCCUGUUAAAAAAUAUAUUGGAGAAGAUCAAGAAAAGUAUACUUGGUUACCAAACACUUAUGUAGUCCGAAUCGAAGUUAGUCAGGGUUAUCUUGAUAAAUUAUAUACAUUCAAAUUUCCAAAUAAUGAAAAAUAAGAGACUGUUUAUUCUGCGUUUAGAGAAGAUGCGAGUUUAAGAACUCUUGAUACAUUUGAGAAGAUAUACGAGAAAAUAUACUAAAAAGCUCUUUGUCCUGAAAGUAAAUCAAAAGCUAUUAUUUAUGAAGAGCCUGAUUAACAAGGACUCGAAGAAUGUCAGAAUUUUUAGAAGCCAGAAGAGCAUAAAAUAAAGCAUAACUCCUUAGCCUUUACUAAUAUAUUGAGAGAUAGAAUAAAAGAUUUUAAAAAAUAUCUAGAAGAUUAUUUAAAGUCUCUAGGAUUUAAUCAGCUAAAUAAAAGAUGCAAUAAAUAAGAUAAACAAAUCUUGUGA